CAACGCGUCCUCUGCUGCUCACCUGGAACAGCGCAGCGUGCAGUCAGACAGACAGACAGACAGGAGGACAGGCAGGUAGACAGGCAGGUAGACUGCACGGAGGAGCGGAGCCGGAAGAACGAGCAGGUCGACCUCUCCUGAUUGUUGCCUACUUUUUCCAUAGUUACCCCAGGCGCUUUCAAACCUGCCCUGUUUCCAUUACGCGAUUAAUGUAUGAAAGUGAAGCGGCAGCAGAGGAAACAUGACGGAGAAAGGGAAGAAGCUGAUCCUGAUCGCGGUGGAUAUUCUCUGUGUCUUUGUUGCUGCUCUGCCCUCUGCCAUCCUGACUCUGAUGUUCUCUCCGUACAAAGAGGAAUCUACUGCGAUGACGAAAGCAUCAGCUACCCCUACAGGAGAGACACCAUCUCCCAUGGAGGCAUGGCUGCCGUCACCAUCAUCUGCUCCAUUGUCAUUAUCACUACAGGAGAGGCCUACCUCGUGCACACAAAAGCGUCUGCACUCCAACUCCCAGUUCAACCAGUACUUGUCCGCUCUUUACAAGGUGGUGGGCACCUUCCUUUUUGGAGCAGCCGUCAGCCAAUCACUGACCGACCUGGCCAAGUUCACUAUCGGUCGACCCCGUCCAAACUUCUUAUCCGUUUGCAAUCCAGUCAGCUGUAACGGAUACAUGCUGCAUAUCAACUGUACUGGCAACCCUCGCAAUGUGACUGAAUCAAGGUGAGAGUGCUGAACAUGCUGCCCCUCUCUGUCUUAAGUUUGUAAAUCAGGUCAUAUUUUUAUAUUUAGGUCAUAUUU